ACUCGAAAAUACUGACAUUGUUGUCGGUCAAUGCAGUAUCCGGAUCAGAAAGUCCUUGGCUACCACUUUUCAUAUCUUUUGCUGUUUCAUCUAAGCUUUUCUAAAAUAAAUCACGCAGAAGUUUUAGUAUGACCGUACGAUUGGAGCUGCCAGUAAAACUGUAUACCCGCGUUGUAAGAGCGCUGAUGGAGUUUGUAGCAAUAUUCUAGGAAUAAAAACAAGAGAAUUUGAAAAUAAUAAUUCAGUAGAAAUUAACCUACUGUCCGUAAAAAAACACAGUGCACUUUGCGAUUUUUUGAAUAACUUUUGAUGGAAGCUAGACAGAGACCUGCGGUUUGCAGUUUUGAGAACUAGACAUCAGACCAAAUACUUCUACGAGCAAAAACGAAUUUCAGAAUAAUUUCCGAAGUGGGUUUCUCAGAGAAUCUUUGGAAAACCAGUUUGGAUCUCCGUAAACUGACAUAGAAAUAGAUCGAUUUUUUUUUGAUAGAUAUAUAGUCCGAGGUGUUUUCUGCAAAACUGGAUCUAAGCGACAUCUCGAAAACCCAUUGUUCGAAGAUUUACGACUUCUCUGCCGUUAGGUUUGGGACUGUCAGAAACGAAUGAAUAGAAGUUAAAGUCUGCGUUUUAACUUGGAAAAAAUGGAAACUAUUCUAAGAUAAAAGUGUGAGUUUAUAUUUCUGUUGGUGUUUGAAGUGUCCAAGAGCUUGACGAAAUGUCCAAAAAUAGUUGUACAUAUAUAAUUUUACAUGCUCUGACUAAAAUUCGAGCUUAAAAUUUUGGAUUAAGUCAAAUAAAACGAGUUUUUGUCUUAAUUAAAUUUUUCUGGAAACGCCUAUAUUUCAGACAAUUCACGUCUCCGAAAUGUAUCAAAGUCGGAUAGAGCUUAAAAUUUUACGUAUACUAGUAGAUUAUCAGUAUGUGAUUGAGGAACAUCUCUUCUCACUGAAAUAACAAAAUAUAAGACUCGACUAAAUGUUCUUAAGUCGAUGACACGUUAGAAAAAGGGAAGACAACGUGUUUUAUCAAAUGGAAGAGAGACAAGAGAGAAGAAAAAGCAUGUUUUCUUUUUUUCACAGUAAACACGAACGUAUAUAAACAGAACAGAAAAAGUAAAAAACUUAAGUUUUAAACGUUUGGAACCAAAACCAAUGUGAUAUUCGGAAUCUGCGAAUAAAACUGCAUCGAAUAAUAUAUAAUUCGAUGUGUUAUUUUUCGACGAGAGAACAGAAAAACAAACGAUUUUUGUUGCAUCGUCCUGGUGCGACAUCUUUCGAAAAGCAGUGCCGUGCUUUUUUAUUUUAACUUGAUAAAUGUAUUUAAUUACUGUUGUAAUUAAAUGAGCAGUACAAAAACAUAUAGCAUUCACUUUGUUUUUUUCAACAUUAAGGCACAACAGUAAUGGCUGACAGAAUUUUUACUCCUCGCUCCUAGCGUAUUCUAACCGUAGAUUCGUCACUGUGGUAAAACAAAAGUUUCGCACGAUUCAUACAAUAGAGAUGAUUGACAUUUGCAAGAAAAAAAAGAAAGUUUGUAUAUUUAAUAAACGACAGACACGAAAAUUUCAGCAUUUUUUAGCUCACAAAGACAUCGUACAGUUAGAUUUUACGAUUCUCAUACACUAGCGUCAGCUUUCAGUAGCCAUCUAUGUAACUAUUGUCGUUGUCAAACAUGAACUGACUGGUGUAGAUUUCUAACCAAUCGAUUUUUUUCUUUUCUGUUUAAAUAAAGUGUGCUUGAGUGAACAAAGAAAUAAAUAAAUUGAUUACAAUAGCAUCAAACAACAAACAACAGACAUGACUGACAGUAAUUCUUUUCCAAUAACGCAUUCUGGUAAGUUUUCUAAGUGGAGCUUCAAAAUUGCAACGAUCUAUACCGCUAGCUUUCCAAAUUAAUAAGAACACUUUUCCUUCUGGAAAGCUUUGUAUGGCCGGUUUCGUCAAAAACUUCAAUGGUUUUCACUCAAUUUUCGUUUAUUCCAUUUAGAUCAAUUAGUAUUGUGUAUCCACGAUUUGGUCUCGACGAUGAGUGUCAUUUAUUCAAAAGAUCUUCAAGAUCAGUGCAAUCAAAUUCUGGUGGAUUUGGAACAUGUAUCAAAUGUAUCCGAGUUAAUCAAUCGAAUUUGCCAACUAAUAGCUGUCGCAAAACAAUUCAGCAAUCGGUACUUUUCCAUUGAUAAUAAUCGAUCAAAAGAACAACUAAUUCAUUUAAAACAAAUGUAUGAUAAGAUACAACAAGAAUUAACCAAUAUUGAACAUCAAUGUGGUCAAGACUUGAACGAAUUGAAAAAGCAAUUACAAUGUUUGUUCGACACAUUAUCGGAUAUUAUUAAUUAUCAGUCAACAAAAAUCAUUAAUCUUGAAUCGAGAGUGGUGAAUCUUGAAACGGAUAAGAAAUUAAUGGAAGUGAGAAUGAUGAACUUUGAAACCAAAGCAAGGCUUGUGGAAAAAAUGAAACUGUUUGGAGAUCUACUAUAUCCACUGAGCCAGGAAAUUCACGAUUAUUUGCGUCAAUUGGAUGGUAACCCACAACAUUAUGACGAUUCAUCAAUUUAUUUGGCCUACAAAGCAAAAUCAUUAGGUGAUGAUUUCAUGGAAAAUGAAUAUAAGCAAUGUUUUGCGAAAUCAAUUAAUGAUACUACCUAUGAAGAAUUUUAUCGCUGGAUUGUUAACAAAUCCAUCCAACUGAACACUGAAGGAUCUUUACUAUGUGGACUUUUAUAUGAAAAAAAGAAAAGAAAUUUCGAUCUUCAUAGUGACAUCAGCGAUUUUUUUCUUGAUUGUCGAUCAACAUUUGAAUAUUCUUUCAAUGAUCUGUUAAAAAGAAAUGACUUGAAUGAAGUAUUUAACGAAAAAGAAUCGAAUGCUUUAAAAAACAUAUAUGAAACGUAUUUUUGUGAUCAAAUUGAUUGUAUUCGACGAUUGGAGCAACAACGUUCUUCAAAACGCGUCUAA